GUGACACUCUCAAUAUCAAUGCAGGGGUCGACACACCAGCAGCCUUAGUUGCCGUUGAAAUCGACAAAGUGUGACCAUGAAAUCACCUGUGAAGUUACGUGUUUUGUGGCUCGCAUUGUUCAUAUUCGGUAUCUAUAACUUUCACUGGAUCUUCUCUGGCAACACGUGUAACAAUGCAUUAUCUACUCGGGCAGACCAUGCCACAACGAAAAAGCAAAGGAUGCAUGAACCUUUAGCCGAACAGCUGGAUGAAAUUGAGAGCAUGUUGGGGAAGCUAAUCGAAGAUAAGAAGAAACCAAUUUGCUCCGGCAAUUCGUGGAUCUCCCGGCCGGACACGGUGAUUUUUUCAGAAUGGGGGAAAGAGUUAACUCUCCGCGAGAAGCGCAAAGUCUGUGCCGGCUUCCUCGACUACGGCUACAAUAUAUACUUAAGUGACCGCUUGCCUCUAGACAGAGAUAUCCCAGACUACCGACCACAAGGAUGCAGCACCAAGCAGUAUCCCUCGGAUCUCCCGGACCUCACCCUGGUGCUCAUCUUCUACAACGAGGGGCUGUCCAUCUUGCUGCGAGCGUUGCACUCGGCCGUGCGGAACACGCCCGCCCACCUGCUCAAGGAGGUCAUCUUCGUCGACGACAAGAGCGACCUGCCCGAACUGCAGGAAACGAUGACGAACAAGGUGCAGGAGUUUGCAAGGGAGCGGACCAACAUCACCAUCCGGAUCAUCCGGCACAAAAAACAACUCGGAUUGAGUGCUUCCCGUGUGUCCGGUAUCAGAGCUGCUUCUGGAUCCGUUGUGGCAAUUAUGGAUGGGCACGUGGAAUUCCCGGUUGGCUGGGCGGAGCCUAUAUUGGCAAGGAUAAAAGAAAACCGGAGGGUGAUCGUGUCUACGAUAUUCGACCAAGUACUAUACGACAGUUUCCUGGUCAAUCGUUUCGAAUCGCAAGCACAAGCGUACGAUAUGCAGCUCUGGGCCGUCUACAACAGCCCUCCUCCGGACUGGAUCGCCAACAACGACCCCACGGCCCCCAUCCGGAGCCCUGCCGUGAUGGGCUGCAUGGCAGCUAGCAAGAGUUACCUGGAAGAAAUUGGCUUCCUGGAUGAAGGCAUGUUGGUGUAUGGAGGAGAGAAUGUGGAGCUGGGAAUAAGGGCCUGGCAGUGCGGGGGUCGAGUGGAGAUCCUGCCCUGCUCUCGCGUGGCUCACAUCGCCCGAUACUACAAGCCCUACGCGCCGGACCUGUCGAUCCACAUGCGGCGAAACGCUCUGCGUGUCGCCGAAAUUUGGAUGGACGAAUACAAGUGGAUGGUCUACAUGGCUUGGGGUGUGCCUAUUCAAGACUCGGGCAUUGACAUUGGCGACAUAUCCAAACGAGUUGCUCUGCGUUCCCUGCUCAAGUGCAAGAGCUUCAAAUGGUAUCUGGAAAACGUCUUCCCGUCGUUCGAGCUCCGCCAUAAAAUUGUCCGCUACGGAGUUUUGACAAACAGCAAAAGAACAGAUGUAUGCUUGGACAGAGGAAACCCAGAGAAAAAUAAACCGAUAGUUUACCCAUGUUUUGGAUACCAACCACAGUUGGUCGUCCAAACCUCCUCCAAUUUUGUCAUCGUCGGGUUUAAGCUCACCAAUUCGGAGCAAGGAAGAACGACUGUCGGCAUCUCUGAGAAUGGAGAGGACUUGUCUCUGUUGGAUAUCGACGUUUCUGCGGAUCAAGGGCGAUUCCUGCUGUUUGAGGAUGGUCAGGUGAAAUCUCAAGACAAGACAAAGUGCAUGGAAAUCGUAGAUGACAUCACUAAGGAACAUGGGGUCGAUUUAGUGUUGCAGCCCUGCUCUGGCCAGAAGUGGACUCUGGCAUAUUACCAGAAAUCCUAGAAAAGUGCAAUGUGUAUAUAAGGCAGUCUUGAUUUGAAGCUUUCGUGACUGCAGGAAUCCAUACUCUUUGGUUAUUUCGGUAAAGUCACGUGGGUAAAAAUAAAAUAAAUCACGACGUUUCGGGCGCAACACAAGCGUCGAUCAUGAGGUGGGAAAGCAUGGUCUGCUGCUGAGGCAGACUGUUUAACAGACUGUUUAACAGUCUGCUUCUGCAUUUUAUUUUAUACCUACGUGACUUUACCGAAAGAACCAAACAGUAUAUAAGGCAGCUUAGAUAUUUUUUUAAUAUAAUAUAUACAUCGUUUAAUUGUACGUAAGUUGUGUUUUAUCGACAGCAGAAAGUAAAACUCCCUGCAGUGUUAACAAAAGUUGGUAUGGCUAAGGUGGACUGUAUAACACUGUUUAACACUACUACUAUCAUCAUCAUCUCUAUGGAGUAGAUCACCAAUUAACUUCUGAAAUUCAACUUCAGUAUACGAGAUUUCUUGAAUGACAAACUGCUCUACAUAGGUUGGCAACUUUUGCAAAUGGUCUUAAUCUCAACCUCGUGAUCAACCAAUCCCUCAGUUAAUGCAUGUUCCCUAUAAUUCCCCACACCAUCCUCUGGAUGUCGUCAUCACAGAAGUUAAGUUAAAUCAUGUCAUGCUCAUGACACCGGUCACUUUUAGUGGCAACAUCUUAUACGUUUCCCUUUACCGACAGACUUAAUUUAUUCAAGAAAUUCCAGGCCCCAAAUUUAUUUUCUCCAAUCAGGUACUCAUCUCCUCCACAUCUCCCUCGACUUAGAGAGAGAGGCAGUCCGUCAUAGGCAGAGGAGGUGAGGAAGGUCUUGAGCCUGGACUUGAACAGGGGCAGGGAGCCGACAGAUGGCUGAUGUAAGAUAUUUCCAGAAAAAUGGGGGCAGCAGAGAUUGAUCCGGGAUCAGACUGGGGGCAAGUGGAUAUACUCGAGUAUUGAGGGGAUGUGAUCUCGUGAACGGAUGCGGUGAAAAGUCAGGUAGUGGGAUUUUCAAUCAUCUGGAGUUUAGAAAUUAGGGAAUUGAGGAGGCCACGAAAGAGAGAGUAGAGACAGGGUGGUUCCAUAGAGCGGCGUUCUUCGUUGCAAGGCUCACGGGCCACUGGUUGCCUUUAGUGCAGCCCUGACGUGCAGCCCUCGACAAUGCACAACACGUGACAACACCCCCAUGGUGAAGAACACUGCCACAGAGGGUCAUGAUCAGCUACAAGGCACUGCUACCUACUCAACAUCUUGACAAAAGCAUGACCAAUUCCUCGUGCCUAACAUCUGCGGAAAACAGAUGCACAGCCUCUGCUGCAUUCACCCUGUUCCCUAGCAAAGCCAAGACAGACUAAAUACUCGAUCUCAUUUUUCUGCUGCAAGGCAACCCUGGUAGUGUUGCACUAAAGUUUUGCCAAACACCUCAAUUUGAUUUGUGGAUAAAGAGAAGAUUGUGGAUGCAGUGCCCAUCCCAUUCCCUGCAGAUCAUACGAUUCCUAUAUGUGAAGUUGAUGUAUUCGUGAAUUAUUGCAGUAUUCUAUUAAGCCAGAAGUUCUGUCAGAAGUUGAUUACCCGAUUAAAGUCAACUGAGCUGUACCUCUCUUUGCCAAGGGCGACUUGGCCAGCAGAGCAGUUAUACAUACGUUAUUUAAAAAUAAAAGUGCAUGAUAAUAAUAUUUUCUGAAACACAAUUAUGUACAUUCAUACUUGAAACUUUCUGAUCUCAAUGGGGUCCGUUUAAGGCGGGCGGGGGGGGGGCUGCGUCUCCGGAGCCGCGUGCGGCUCUUUAAGGAACUGCUGCUUCGUGACGACGUCAUUUAUUAAGGAACCACCGUCUCCGUAUUCACACGCGUUGUGGCUCUUGAACUAUUGAGAGGUGUUUUUAACCGAAUUUGAAAAAAAAUGCCUCUUCCUGUUAUUUUUGGAUGCCGACCACUGUUUUAAGGAAGUCCAGAUAUGGCAGCAGAAUGGAGAUCCCAAGCGGAACCAAAAGAUGAUUCCAGCACCUUGGAGCAGUAACUGUACAGUAAACGCUUUUGAACCAAAUUGUGAAAAUCUCGGAAUUGUCAACAAAAUGAUCAGGCGUGCGCCACGGAUUUUUAGGGCUUACUAAUCGUGUCAAUAAAUCUGACAAUGCGAACAUUUACGGCCAUUUACUCCAUGAAGUAAUAUAAUUCUGGCCUGAUAUUAAUGGGUAUACAGUUUUACAUAAAAUAUAUAUUAUAUUUGUGUUGGGUGACUUGAUGAAAUUUUACUUUAAGAUUAUUAUAUUGGUGCGAUCAAAAUAAUUGCUGCUGUGUCUUACAUUUAUCUGAAAUUCUGUAUUUAAAAGAUUUUAUAUAUGUUUUCCAAUGUUAAUAUGCGUUACAUUGCAUGAAUGACAAGUGACGACUCAUUUUUUUGACAAAUCUCAAAAUAAAGAUUUAACACGA